ACCGCCAUACUGCGAUUUUGGCGGUCAGGUGUGCGAUGCAGGUGGAGUAUAAGCAACUCGAGGUUUGGCUUCACGGGAAACUAAAGCCACUGUGUGUUGCCGAUCCAAUCCCACUCUCUCAGUAUGUGAUAGCUUUGAUUAAAAAGGACAAAGGAGAACAAGAAUUAAAAGAAAUUUGUAUCGAUCAACUUGAAGUGUUUUUACAAGAAAAUACUGCUAAGUUCGUAGAGGAUUUGUUUACUGCACUUAAAUCGAAAGCGUAUAUCACAAGUGACGUUUCCAAACCAAACCAGCUAAUAUCUGAGAACUCUAGCUCAAAAGAACUAUCUUCUGUCAAGCCUCAUUGUGCAACGAAUUCAGUUGAUAAUGCAUCAAAAGAAAGAAAGAGACACUUAUCUAACUGUAACACCAAUGUCUCAACUUUCACAGACAGUUCCGUUCCCAAACAAAAAAGAAAACGUUCACCUGAUACAAGAACAAAAAGGAUUUUAUCACCUGGACGUUCACGCAGUCCUCAUUCACCUGUACGACCAAUAGGUAACACAGCUGCUCCUAGCAAACAACAUCCCAAAGAAUUUGAACCACACAUUGAUUCUUGCAAUCGUGCACGUCACAACGACCAUGUAGGAGAGUUCGGCUUAAAAGUUGUGGAUAGUCAUAGACGUCAUUCAUCAGGUAGUUCAGGUGGAGAAGUAACACACAUGAACACAAAUUCGUCGCGUCGAAAUAAGUAUCGUGAAUCGGAAUCACAAAAACGUAACAGUCGUGAACGCAUUCAUUCACGUGACAGAGAUGAGCAUACUAACCGUUCAGCUAAAACUGUUAUAAGAUCUGUACCUGACAACAGAGUAGUUGAUGAAAAGUUUCGAGGUCUAAGAAAUCGACGCUGUCGUGACUUUGAAGAGCGCGGGUUUUGUGUAUAUGGAGAUAGAUGUCAGUAUGACCAUGGCCCGAAUGCCUUGGUGAUUUCAUCUGCUGAAUCUGUGCCUGCUAUCACCCACCUUACAAAUCCCCUAUUAGAUCCUAGUGCUCUCACAUCAAAUAGUAUCCCGGAUUUAUCAAUAAAUAUUAGAAAGGAGUCAUCGAAAUGCAAUGCAGUUCAGCCACAAUCUAUUGUAGCAGCUGUUAUAUCUGCCCAAACUGACUUUAAUGAUUUAAAUCAACAAAUAGCUGCUCCUAUAAUUCCUGUUUAUCACCCGACUCCAAGCAACUGGAAAAAUCCGCGUCUACCUAACCAUGCACAGCAACGCCUCAAUAGUUUCCGCACAUUUGGUAAUUCCGUGAGUCGAAACAUAGUCCCUUUGCCAAUGGUUGAAAAUAUUCACAACAAUGAAGCUCAAUCAGCUGUAAAUCCAACGCCGCCUGCUUAUGAACCAGAUCGACCUCACUUAUCCAUGAUUUCGACAUCUGAGUGCAAUAUUCCUCAGUCUCGUGAUGUUUCUGAUAUGGAGCACAUUGCUUCUACUCCACCUUUGUCAUACACACCCAGUCCUAUCACUGAACAAAUCAGUUCGUAUGCCGUUAUCCCGAAAGCAUCUGGAGUCAAUGAUCUUUCACUUGAUAUCACUUCUGAAGCUAGUGAUCCUCGUUCCAUUUUGUAUAUCAAUCGUCUUCCCUGGCGAUUCAACGAUGCAGAUAAAAUCCGUGAACACUUUGCUCAGUUUGGUAACGUGAUAAAUGUAAUUGCUAGAUAUAAAGGUAUGGCAGACACUGCAGUGGUUGUAUUUUCAUCAUCUGAUGAAGCUGAAAAAGCAUAUCGAAGUCCAAUCCCCAUGUUCUCGAAUAGAUUUAUUCGUAUUUUUACUCGACUUCCGGAAAAUUUCAAACAGAAUGCACGAAAUAUGACUCGUCGUUUUCCCCGACCGAAGAGCAUAUUGGAUCGUUUGGGAACAAGGCCAAUCCCUUCGAUUAAUGACAAAAUCAAUUCCUAUUCCUGGAUGAGUAUGAACCAUGAUCGGACAGAAAAUCAACAAAUUCCCACUGAAAUUCUUCCAGAUGAUACUCUCCAGAGGGGUAACAGGUCUCGAUGGCGUUUAGAACGAAAUCCUACCAGUGGAGAUGCGUUAUUGUCUGGCGAUGAGGAAGAUGAAAUGAUUGGCGAAAAUCUUGCCAUAGAUCGUGAACAAAAAUCUAAUUUUGUUAUAGAUGGCGGCAGAGUUGAUUGCAAUACUGACAAGUCAUUAGACAACUUUGUUGGUUAUAAUGUAGAUCAGGAAUCAUUAUUAUAUACUUCUACUUUAGAAACACAGAAGAAUCGUGGUCGUAAUAUGCUCGCUACUUCAAGUCCAUAUACUUUAUCACAUAAACAAGAGGCUGAAGCAAUUUUAUGGGAGCGACGUAAAAUGGCUGCUUUGAAACAACGCAAAGAACAAUUGAUGCUUUUAGAUAAGUCUCGUGAGGCUCGAGAAUCUGCACUAGAAGCUCAAAAGCAGCGAAUUGUUCGUUUAAAAUUUCUUCUCAAACAAGUUAUGAGUCAACUAGAAAACAAUCAAACCGAAGAUGCAAAUGGUGUUGCAGAAUCCAAACCAUUGUCAUUAGAUGAGAGAAGAAAGUUGCUUACCGAAGCCAAACGACUGCAAAAUGAACUUGAAUCUGCUUUGGAAGCUGAGAAGAAAGCUUUGGCUAAUCAUACAUUGAAUAAAGAAUCCAACACUAAAAAGAUGUUCAACUCAAAACCUUUGGGAAGUACAACUAUUAGUGCAGCAGCUUUACAAGCUCUUCCUGAACCAGUUAGAUUAGAAAGACAAAAACAAAUUUCAGAGAUCCAAAGUGAAAUCGAUAAAGUGGAAGCAAGUCUACGUGAAGCAACCCAGGAUGUCGAGAAGGCAAGAGAUAAUCGUCGGAAAAUUGUCGAACUUAAGCGCCAGAUUGUUGAGUUAGAGACAGUUCGACCCUCAGAUAUGAUUAUAGCACAAAAUACUAGCAGUUGUGCUCCUAUUGACACUUCCACAUAUCCAAACAGGACCCAAACUAAACUUGAUAAACGACCACGUACUCUGUAUAUCACUGGUAUUGAACCGGAUGAUGUUGACAACUUUCAAAAUGCCCUCUCAGUAAGUUUCGUAUUUUUAUUGAAAUUACUUUAUGACAUGUUUAGUAAUAAUUCUCAACUGUUAGUAAAUAUUUACUUACUUUCCAGACGUAAAAAAGUACGUUUAGAAUCUGAAGCUUCUGGUCCUAAUUCAUUUUGUUACUUUUCUGUAUGGUUGUUCAUUAUUAUGAAAUGAACUCAACUGAAAUAAUAGACAGGUUUUCUUUGGAUAAUAAGUUGAUUUAAUUAUAAGUACUUUCAGCUUUAUGAAUGGUAAGAGGUCGCUAACGUAUAGUUGUUAUUUAGAGGUAGUAUUUAUCACGGAUUAACAUCAGUUGGAGAACCGUUGAAAACCUGGGAGUACUGAACAUCUGUUUUGUGCUAGUAUAGAAAUCCUCAAGCAGUACACACCUACGAACCCGGCUAGAGAUCGAAUUUCAGGUAUCACGGUGAACGCGUUGAUCAUUCAACUAUUGGAUCAGUUUACAGUGGUUCACGUCUAGAUGUUUCAAUUCAAUAAUCUUGCAAAAUUAGCAUUAAAGCACACUUUUUUUUGUCGUAGAAUUUCGUGUAGUUUUUGAGUUAAUACAGAUGAAUUAUUUAUUAGAAAACAGUGAAGUGCAAUUAUUCCACUACUCCAAUCAGCUGUAGAGGUGAAGUAAACGUUGUUUUUUCUCAGUGUGUUAAAUCCUCCAUUGAAUCUAUCCUCUGUGUAUUUUGAUUUGUGAUGAAUUUUAUCUCUUCUUACCAAAUCGUUUCAGUGAAAGUGAUUGAAUUUGACUUUGCCUUUUUGUUUAAAUAAAAUCGUGUAACUGGAGAUGUCACUUAGAAUAAAUGAUUCAUGUAUAGUUGAUAUGGGCCUGAAACAACAUCUUAUACGUUUGUGAAGUAAACAUACAAGUAGGAAUUGUUUGAAACCACUUUUGGUUAAAAAAAUAUAAUUUGAAGUCUACGUUAAGGAAUGAAAUCAGUACUUAGUUGGUUUCUGAAAGCAUUUGUACAAGGCUUUAUCAAAAGUAUCGUUAACUUAUAUGAUUGAUAUUUUUCAGAGUUGUUUAUAGAUGAAAUAUGACAUGUUCUAUGUCAUCAUUAAUCCCUCGUUAAUUCGGGAAGCACUUACCUACCAAACAGCUAAACAACAAUUGCCUUCGCUUCCACAAUUACAAUGAAUUUUGAAGUGAUGACCAGGGGUAGGAUAUAAUUCUAUAUUAGAUCUGUGUAUUUGGUGUAUUUAGUUGAUGACGUUUCGAGCAUAAAUUUAUUGCUCACAUAAUCAUACCAAUCAUAUUGGUGUUCGCUAUGUGUAUAUCAAGCAAAUGAAUCUGAUAUAGAAUUCUAUUUUUAGUAUAUUGGUCAUAAAUUUUUUUACGUUCAUUUGACCGAUUCGGAUAACUUAUUUGCUUCGUUUAUGUUUCCCCCCUUGUGAUAAUGCCCAAAAAAUGAUGUCUUAGUUCUACUCAAAUCCACUGAUUUUUUUUUAACAUAACUGAUGACAUCGAUUGCUGAGGUUUUUUGGAUUUUUCAAAUACUUGAAAAUGAUACCGGUUUUAAAGCGCUAAGUGUUCGACGUAAACUAUCUUCAACAUAUUCGAAUAGUAAUAAAGUUACUUUAGGUCAUGAAUUUAAAAUAUGUAUUCAAACCUACUAGUACCUUUAGUGACAAGCAUUUUCAUGUAAAAAUGAAGCUGAUUUUUUUUAAAAAAAAAAUUUCGUUUAUUUCUUUCAGCUGAAUUAUCUACAUACCCAAAGUUGUACAAAACAAACUGACCCUGAAACGAAUCAGUUAGUGCUGGAAGUUACAUUUUGCACUCGUGACUUUGCAGAAGCAGCUAUUCGCCAGUUUACCCAGUUUCAUGGACGUGAUUUACAUAUGUGUUUUACAUAUCCAGCAUUAUCUGAGCCGAAAUUCGGAAAUUUCACUGAUGAAGAUGUAAAAAAUGUAAGUUUUCCUCUUCUUUUUUUAUUUAGCAAAAAGUAAUAAGAUAUUAAACACUGAUGCUUCUUUCAGUUGUAUAAGCAAAGUUUCAGUUUGGCGUCAAUAUCAAUGCAGCUUGUAGUACAUCAUUCAUAUUUAAUACAUAUUGAUUAUAAAAGAUGUAACCUAGAUAUUGGUCAGCUUGGUUGCCCGUGGGUUUAGUGAUUUCCCCCGAAAGAAAAGAUUUCGUUUGUAAAAUAUCAGGUCUGGGAUUCGAUCCAUCUUGAACGACUGAAUAGAUGAGAUACGAUGGGGAAAAAAAUGCACUUAUCAGUUUUCAAUAAAGGAGCAGUGCAAAUUUACGACUCAUCGAUAUUAUUCAAACGGCUGUUUCAAAAAACAAUGCUAUUUUUAUCGUAGAUUCCAGUGUGUCAAAUUGCACUAUACUUUGAUAAAAUGAUUUCCAUCUAAAUAUCCUGUUCUACGUUAUUACAUUCCUGCGUUAACCCAGUCGCCGCCAAUUCGCUAUGACUUUCUCUAUUUGUAAAUUAACUUGAGGAAGUAAUUCACCUUAUUCAGUAUUAUCUCAACCCUAACCGUGAUUACUCUCGAAUACAGCCGUGUCCGGUCUUGUAUACCUAAUUCGCGUACACAGUGAGUUACACAAUUCAGUCCUCCCUACGGUUUACAACAGAAUACAAAGUCUUGUGCUUAUUAUCCGUAGAUUUCAGGCGAUCUCAUUAUAUGACUGAAUUGCUCUACCACAACGGACCGUAAUUUAUAAGACUGAAACAGCUGAUUUCAAGCAUAAAAUAUGCAAUAAUGCAUAACUGUGGAUUAUUCUCAACAUCCAGUUAUUACCAAAAGCUUCUAAUCUGAACAUAAAUGAUAAUGUCAUUGUAAUUAUAUUCGCAUAGUUCCUUAGUUAGUAUGUGUUGUUCUAUAGUAUUUUUACCUCGUAGGAUUGUUUUGAUUAUCACAUAUUGUCUAGGUUUCGUCUACACAAAUUGAAACUUCAGAUCAGCUGUAAACUAUCACUUCCUCAGAAUCAUUGGACUAUUCUACUCAUUCCAGUCCUACUUCUACCACAGUUAUAAAUACUUUGUCUUCAUAACAGGUGAUGGUGUGUCAACAAAAGAAUUAUUAAUCCUUUCUGCGAUAUUUUAUCAAACUAGUGUUUUUUCUUUUGUGAACAAUAUUUUUUAUUGAAAGCUCUUAUCCUAUUUAAAAUAGUUCUUCAUUGUAUGGUUAUGUACACACUGAUUGUUAUUUAAAUGAUGUCAUUCGACUUACACUUAUUUAUGAGUAAAGUCAGUAUUGUGCAUCAUUCCAUGUCACUUUGAUGUUUGAUGGUUUACUUUUCUCUAUUCAUAGUUAUUAUUCUAAAGCACUAAGUAUGAUAGCUUGCCGAUAGUUUGUAUGUCUAUCUUUUUUUGUAAAAGAUAUUUUGGACAUAUGGUUCACAGACUUGGGAACUAGACUUUCAAACAAUGGUUCCCGGGUCAUAAUACCUCUCCACCUAUUUCAGUUUAGGCCAACGAGCAUUAUAAGACUUCACACACAAUAUGUGACAACUUAAUAUAUAAAUAUAUACUGGGUUGAUUGACAUUAUUUCUCAUAGAACCCAAUGGUUGUUAUUCAUUUGACUACAUCUAGCCAAUAUGGUGAAGCUCACAAGUAUCCGAAAAUUCAGUGGCCAGCUAUCGUUGACUGGAUAGUAUAGGCAAAGAAUUAGACUCAUUCCUGAACUGGAUGCCAGUAAACAGGCGUAUGUCCUACUGCAUAACUGAAUGGAUGUGUUAGAACUGGGAAGGGUUGUGAAACUCACCGAUGCCUAUUCAUAAUUUCAGUCUGUGCGCUCAUUGACUGCAGUUUGCAUAAUGCAAUAGAUGAAUUCUGUCCGAAGCUUUCAGUUUCACAACAUACAGUAGAACAUUUGGAAAAAAAAAUCAUAAAGGUAAGUGAUAUCAACGCUCAAGCAAUAAACACCGAAAGGAUGCGUCAGGCUAAUAACUCGUAGAGAAAACUAAAAUGAUGGGUGAGACUUUUCAAGGAAUAGUUCAGCUGACCUCCACCUACCAUUGUGUUGUUCACUAUGCAGUCGGAUCUUGAACUCAGAGAACUUGAAGAGUCCUGGAGCGUCUUCGAAGAAAGAAGGUCAACAGAUCUGGAUGAGCUAAUAGCAGAUGUAUUUAAGGACAGCGUUCGAGGAUAAUUUGUGAGAUAAGCUGAAAUGUUACUUUGAUUGUUUGGGAUGCGUACCCCAACUCUCAAAUACAGACUGUUGCUCUGGGACUAGACUGUAUCAGCACAACGUCUAUCAAUGGGAAGGAAAGUGGUUGAGCACUGUGAUGAUUUGCGAAGACGUGCUCACUUUUUAAUCUGAUUGCUCGCUCCACAUUGUGGUCACAGCCAGUUGGAAUCAGUUUUCUCCUACCAAUCAGUUUAGAUGAGGUUGUGGGAACCCACUAGUUUUUACUAACCUUUGCUCUUUCUACACCACAGAAUGUCGCUAGGAAUAGAAUUGCUGCAAUGUUUAGAUACAUGCUCAGCUUUCCCAUCCGAGCACACACAGAGUCCGAAAACGUACUCCAGAAAGAACAUCGAUCCUGUCGGAUAAUAACUUGUGGCAAUACUUGUGUACACCAUUGUUUUGAUGUCUAGAGACGACACGUGAGACACUCUUCUAGCUAAGGGAAACGGUUUUUUCGAAACGAAACUGUAACAGGCGAUCACCGUUGUGGGUUUAUUAGCAUAGGAUACCGUAGAUAGUUCCAAGACGCCUUUUGAUUGCCGCAGUUUUAAAAUGGCCUGCUACUAUGACUAUAUCUAAACAAUUUGCUGCAUGUUGCGAAAUUGACAGCUUUUGAUUGUUUCCACCCUUUGCAUCAUUCGAAAUACAGUCGGUGGGUGCGUGAGCUGAGAUUAUGAACAGGCAUCGGUGAGUUUCACAACCCUUCCUGGUUCGAAUACAUUCAGUCAGACAGUACACAAACACCUUUUGAUCUGUGUCUUGAUCAGGAGUAAGCUUUUUUGCUCUACAACUUAAGGCUAUAACUAGACCGUGUUCAUGAGUCGUAGUUACUGAAUCUCUGGAUACUCAAAGUUUGAAGAUUCAUCGCACUAGUCAGGUGAGGUCAAUUUAAAAACUACACUCAGGUCUUCCAUACUUGGCUCAGAAACAGCUUGCAUCCAUGACUAGAGAUUCCAGAAUUCUGACGAGAGAUGCUUGCUGUUCAAUUUGGCAGAAAGUUCACACGUUGAAAUUUCAAAUGUGGAACUGACUGGGAGUCUUCUCGGGACUCCCGAACAAUUUUCGGGAGGCAUAAUAUUAGUAUCAUGAACUGAAGGUGAAGAGGGCACACAUUUAAGACAGGUAGGUUAUGUUUACUAAUAGGAGUAUGGAGAUAGUACUUAGUGGUUGUUUGCAUCGUGGGGAUUGCUUCUGCAGGUUGUCUUGAGGAAGCAUACAAGUAAUUUUAUAUGGUUGCAGAGCCAUCUGCUUAGGGCCUGUGACAAUGUUUAGGGAAUUGUCGGGUUGGAACUCACUUCUGUCGGCGGAUAAGAAAAGCUAGUGACAUGGGUCCUGGAAAGGAAGCAUUACAUCGGUGGCAUGAUUGGUCAUCGGGGGAAAGGAUCUUACAGGUAUCACACUCCAUCUAAUCAGCAGUACGGCUUCACCCUCAGAUACUCAUCGUGGCGUGGGGAUUUACACUGAGGAUAACUACUUUCUAUCCUACCUCAAUCCAACAGACCUCGGUAUGAUAGAUCUUUAGGGAACAAGCGUUCUAACUAAUAUAGCUCGUUGGGUUAUUCUGAUAAGCAAGCUCGAUCUGUGUCACGGUAGCAGCUGUAAUUCGUGAUGGAGGUUAGUGUCCAUUUUCCUGAACAAGGUAGAGGGUGAUGAUUUAACCAAUCCACUUUCAUCCAGAUCUGAAACCUAAUUGGUUUACUAUAUUUUGACGUUCUCAUUCUUCUAUCUGGUGUUUGAGAAUUAUGAAACGCAGGAUGUCGUCGGUCUUAAUCACCUAUAGUUGUCAUGUGAAGAUUUCCAUGUUCUACUGACCGCUUCAGUUAGCUUGAUCAUUUAUCCUCUACCAUCGUACGUAAAUAUCUUCGGUAGUGUUAAAUGAAGUGGUAUGCUCAUCGCGCUGAUCUUAUCACUUGGUAGUGAAUCACUGACCGGUACUACUCAGCUAAAAUGUUUUUAUAACGGUCUUCUGCUACCUAUCACCAAUGCUUUGUUCACCUCUUGCACCUUCUCUGGCAACUGCUAGGGGUCAAAGCGUAGUCUCAUUGUCAGUUUACAUUUCAGUUGUCUCCACUCAUCAUUGUGCCGGAUGCCUGCAGUAAUUGGUUCAAGGAUACCCAUUAAUUUAUAAGAAGCUCCUGAGGUUUGCUGACAUUCUCCUAGGGUCAGUUGCUGUCUUUAAUCCAGACAAUAAUACAGUGACUAGCUUAUUGUUUAGUAGCAUCCCUGGUAAUCUUGUCAUCAGUCUGUGCCUGCAACGGUCCUACAAUUUUUAUGUACGUAUACUUUCACGAAAACACGUGAUAACUGCCAAAUACGUGUUCCAGAAGGGGUGCAAAUAUCUCAUCGAUCCUCUCCGAUGAUAAUAGGUUACACUAUGUUCCAUCUAUUUCCACCGUUUAGUGUUUUUUACGCACGCCAAACAGAAUCAUGUCAGAAGGUUUUACUGGCUAUGAAUCAAAGGUUGUCUGAGCACAGUUGUUGGGAUACUGACAACUUCCUGGGAGAAGCAACAAAAACGUUGGGUGGAACAUUUUAGAGUACAGUUCAACUGGUCUACAGAAAAGCUUCAGACGCCCAACGUUAGUCUUUCAACUCUCCUUGAAGUUGCGAAUGCUGUAUCAAAUAGAAAACGAUGUUAAAGUAGCAGGACCCGACAGUUUGCCACCUGAAGUUUUCAAGGAUGGAGGCUGGGAAUCCCUAAUUAUUGUGAUUCAUUUACCAGGUGGUGUAAUGGAAUCGGACUGAUAUACUUCACUCAUCAUUCCAGUUUAUCAGAACGGGAAGAAGUCUUGUGACAACCAUAGGGGAAUUAGUUUCACUAAUGUCCAACAUCCUGUGGUCUAUAAUUAUCUGACACCAAAAUGGAGCUCGGGAAAACCAGCCAGGUUUCUGAAAAAGCCGGUUCAAAGUGCGUCGACCGCAUUCUCACUGUGACAGGUCCGACGACAUAGGCAUCCUUGCAAGCCAUUAGCUGACACUUGCCAUAUUUCUUGACCUGAUGACCUCAUUCCGCUGACAAGCAUGAGGUAUUUUGGCAGUGUCUCACCAAAAGAAGUACCGACUAGGUACAUAACCCUGGUGAAGGCUCUCUGCUCCAACACAUGCAGCCGUGUAACGGCUUAUAGAGGAUUGUGAUGACGUCUAGAGGUGUUUGCACAACACGCUCACUGCCGCCACCGCUGCUUCGUCAUUGACACAGUAACCCUGGACACAAAAUAGUGAGAUCAAAACAAUAUAAAAUAACAUUGCAGUUUAGAAAAGAAACUGGCUGUAAGAGGGCUAGCGAUACCACUUAACUGGUCAGACUUCCGUUGACGCAGGGUGCCUCGAAAGUACGAAAAGGUCGGACCCAAGAAUAACCCACUCCACAGUGCCUCGUGGUCAGCCAGACUGGCGGUGUUGGCUCAUUUAUCGUUUAUUUUCGAUCAUCCGCCCCCAAAACAACCAUAAACAAAGGGCUGUAUGUGAAAAGCCUCAACCACAUGUCGGGUAGGCUCUGUGGUCACACAACUCCCUUCCAGGUACCUUAAGAAGAAAUGGCCUUCCACGGUGUGGGCAGCCG